UGGAUUGCUGGGGGGGAGCACCAUUUAGGACCCAGGUUAGCCCAGGAGCUGCCGAAGGCUUGGAUUCCUCUUGGGACUGUGGUGACUUGUGGAAAGCAGGCGUGCUCUACUGAUUCAUUUUCAUCACUGUCAACAUGGUGAUCAAAGUCUUUGUAGCCACAUCUUCGGGGUCUACAGCGAUCAAAAAGAAACAGCAAGAAGUAGUGGGCUUUUUAGAGGCCAACAAGAUUGACUUUCAGCAAAUGGACAUAGCAGGUGAUGAAGACAACAGGAAAUGGAUGAGAGAGAAUGUCCCAGGUGAAAAAAAGCCUCAAAAUGGAAUUCCCCUCCCUCCACAGAUCUUCAAUGAGGAGCGGUAUUGUGGGGAUUUUGAAUCCUUUUUCUCUGCUAAAGAAGAAAAUAUUAUUUAUUCAUUUCUGGGUCUUGCUCCUCCUCCAGGCACAAAG